AUGGUGCACGCCGCCGAAGAGAUCGCCCAGGUGCUGGGCCAGGACUCGGUCAGCUACGACGCCGACGUGCUCGAGCACCACGGCCACUCCGACUGGUCGACGUCCAACUCCCCCGAGCGCGCCGUGGCGGUCGUCUACCCCAGGUCGACCGAGGACGUGUCGGCCAUCGCGCGCAUCUGCAACCGGCGCAGCGUGCCGAUGGUGCCGUUCGGCGCCGGGUCGAGCGUCGAGGGCAACUUCUCGCAGCCGCACUCGGGCAUCUGCGUCGACUUUUCCUUCAUGGACCAGAUCGUGGCCUUCCACCCGGACGACCUGGACGUGGUGGUGCAGCCGGGCGUCAACUGGGUCGACCUGAACGGCCACAUCGCCAGCAGCGGCCUGUUCGCGCCCAUGGACCCGUCGCCGACAGCCACGGUCGGCGGCAUGGUGUCGACCAACUGCUCCGGCACCAACGCCUUCCGCUACGGCACCAUGAAGGACUGGGUGCUCAACCUGACCGUCGUGCUGGCCGACGGCACCGUGAUCAAGACGCGCCGCCGGCCACGCAAGACCUCGGCGGGCUACAACCUCACGUCCCUCUUCGUCGGCGCCGAGGGGACGCUGGGGAUGGUGACAGAAAUCACCCUAAAACUCGCGCCCAUCCCCCAGCACACCAGCGUAGCCGUCGUGCCGUUUCCCUCGAUCCACGCGGCGGCGGCGGCGGCAACGACGCUCAUCCGCUCCGGCAUCCCGCUCGCAGCGCUGGAGAUCAUGGACGAGCGGCAGAUGGCCAUCCUCAACACCCACGGCAGCCCGACGGUGCGCAAACGCCGCUGGGCCGAGCAACCAACCCUCUUCCUCAAAUUCUCGGGCGCGACGGUCGAGAACUUGCAGAGCGACAUUGCGCGCACGACCGCCCUCAUCCAACAACAACUUGAACAACAGAGUAGUAGUACACAAGUCGUAUUCGCCCGCACCAAACAGGAAGAAGCCGACCUGUGGGCCGCGCGCAAGGAGUCGCUCUUCACCAUGACCAGCAUGCGACCCCGCGGGUACGAGAUGUGGUCGACCGACGUGGCGGUGCCGAUCUCGCGGCUGGCCGAGAUCGUCGAGUGGUCCCAGCGAGAAUGCGGGCGGUUGGGCAUCUUCGCGUCCGUGAUCGGGCAUGUAGGGGACGGGAAUUUCCACGUUGCCAUGAUGUACGAUCCGAAAGACGCGGAGCAGACAGAGAAGGUCGGGGAGUGCGUGCACGCCAUGAUGCGGCUGGCGCUCGAGAUGGAGGGGACCGUUAGUGGAGAGCAUGCGAUUGGGAUUGGUAAGAAGGACUGUCUUAGGGAUGAGUUGGGGGAGGAGACGAUUGAUGUGAUGAGGAGGGUGAAACGGGCGGUGGAUCCGAAGUGGGUGAUGAACCCGGGGAAGGUGUUCGACUAG